GGCAAAAGGCGCAUGCGCGGCGCGAGAGCCCGCUGAUAGACGGUGCGGCAGGAAAACCGCAGCGAGCGCAGGGAGACGCGGUGGAUGUGGGACGGGAAUCGGCGAGAGGACGAAAUGUGCCGCGAAAACGCUGCGUGGAAGUAAUUUCCUUCCAGGGAGGGAGCACCAACGAUGGGGGUGCGCCCACUCCUCGAAGGCAAGCGACCCUGCGCGUGCUGCUUUUAUUAAUACGAGACGUGGAGGCGCUCGGUUGUCCUCGUCCCGCGCGACGACGGCGAUGCCAGAGAAUGAGCGGCUCGAGGGGACGCGCACACACUGCGGUUCGCUCCCGAAACACAACUAACUAACUCCCCCCCACAGCUCUUGCAGAUGCGAUAAGUGCGCUUACAGAUAAGUGGCUAUCGGAGGCUCGCCAGAUUCGGGUGUGGGACGCCGGCACGAACGAAGCAUACAUACAGAGAGAGAGAGAGAGUAAUAAUUUACUGCAUUAAAUUCCAUUGGAAGGAUGUCAUCGGCGGCGCGCUUCCCCUGGCGGUAAAACGAACGGCGCGUUCUGCGAGACUUGAGCUUCCAGCAGCGCGAGACGCAGCCUCGAGACCAUGGGCGACGCGGCGGAGGCCCGCGACACCAGGAGGACCUUCAUCGUCCCCGCUAUUAAGUCCUUUGACCAUUACGAUUUCGGCAGGGCUAAGAUCUGCUCGAGCGUGGCAUGGCUCGUGGCGAAGGCCUUUGGCACCGACAGCGUCCCGGCCGAGCUGCGAGAGCCCUUCUACACGGACCAGUACAACCAGGAGCACAUGAAGCCUCCCGUGGCAGGACUGCUGCUUUCCGCUGAGCUCUACUGUCGCGCCGGCAGCCUCAUCCUGAAGAGCGACGCCGCCAAGCCACUGCUAGGCCACGACGCCGUGAUCCGCGCGUUGGCGCAGCGGGGCCUGUACGUCACCGACCAGGAGAGGCUCGUUACCGAGCGCGACCUGAGCAAGAAGCCCAUCCAGAUGAGCGCCCACCUGGCCAUGAUCGACACCCUGAUGAUGGCGUACACAGUGGAGACAGUCAGCGUGGAAAAGGUGGUGUCCUGCGUGCAGCAGUAUGCCUCCUUCUACCCAGACGGUGACGUGCCCUAUGACACCGAAGAGGCCGUGACCUGCUGGAUCAACAAGGUGAAUGAGUACUUGAAAGACAUCAUCGUCAACGAGCAGAAGGCGAGAGAGAACCAGUCGACGGAGACGUCGGGUGGCUCACGGUCUCCCACCAAAUGGUAUUGGAAACUGGUUCCUGCGCGGUACAGGAAGGAGCAAUCUCUGCCCAGGCAGGUGCCCUGGAUCCCACUUGUGGACAACCUGCUGAAGGACUGCGCAGACGGCUGCGCCCUCGCUGCACUGCUCCACUUCUACUGCCCUGACAUAGUCAAGCUGGAAGAUAUAUGCCUGAAGGAAACCAUGUCACUAGCAGACAGCCUUUACAACCUCCAGCUGGUCCAGGACUUCUGCCAGGAGUAUUUGAGUCGAUGCUGCCACUUCACCCUGGAAGACAUGCUGUACGCCGCCUCCUCCGUGAAGAAUAACUUCCUCGUAUUUAUGGCUGAGCUGUUUUGGUGGUUUGAAGUAGUGAAGCCACCAUUUGUGCAGCCUCGAGUUUUAGACACAGAAGGUUCGGAUCCUGCCCCAUCAUUGAGAAACAUGCCCUCUAUGCCCAUCUCUGAUGUCACCAAACGAAGUUUUGUAGAAGAUCCCCCUCUUUCAGACAAAACCAGUCUACCACUCAGGCUUCAACCUCAGAGCUCCACCUCAGGUGAAAUAAAGCGAUCAACCUCAAUGUCUUUUAUAGACGGUUGUGUGGGAACAUGGCCCAAGGAGAAACGGUCAUCUACUCAGGGAGUGUCUUUUGACAUCCCUUUUGAUGAAGAAAACACUAUGGAGCCACCUACGACAACUGGACGAGAGAUGACCAGGUCUGUUAGUACAGAUGGCUUGGGUUUCAAGGUCCAGUACAUGCCUAGGAGCGUGAAAAGAAAUCUCUCAUUCCAGCCCGUGGAUGGGCUAAGCAGGACAGUGGGCAUUGAGGAAGAGGAAGGGUGUCCAGCAAUGCUGGCUGGUGCUCACCCUGAGAGGCAGUCAAGAAUGUUUCACCCCAGGAACCUACAAGGCCUCCCCAAUGGGCAAGCACUGGAUGAGCACGGCAAUCCUGUAGCCACCCCCAGCAUGGAGGAGGCCUUGAAAAUCAUUCACUCUUCUGAAAAGCCACAAAGCAGCAAUGAUGGCUUCUUUCUUCACAGUCAGGAUAGGGGAGCUUUGGGUUCAAAGGGAAGAGCAGACGACGGUGACCUAGACUCCAUGUCAGAGUCAAAGGGAGCAAUGAGCACAGAUACGACGGAGGUUGACACUGGGAUCCAUGUGCGGACGGAGGACAUUCAGGAGACCCUGGACGAGGACUCAUCUCUGAAGGACUACACAGGGAGUAUGGAUCUGGACAUGGACCAUGACUAUGAGCUGAGAGCCAGCCGCCAAGAUACACCCAGCCCCAGCCCCAGCCUGACCAGUGGGAAGUCCCCAGUGGGCAGCACCACUUCCACCAGCUCUGGUGUCAAAAUGACGAGCUUUGCUGAACAGAAGUUUAAGAAGCUGAACCACUUUGAGGGAAAAAGUAGUGGAAGCAGCUCCCAGAAGACCACGCCCGAGGGCUCCGAGCUUAGCAUUCCACACAUGGUCUCCUGGGCCACCACUCCUGAGGCAAGUCCCAUUCACCAGUCACCCAAGGACCCCACUCAGAUCAUGGCAUCUGAGAUGGUGCAGUUAAGGAUGAAGCUAGAGGAAAAACGGCGAGCCAUUGAAGCCCAGAAGAAGAAAGUUGAAGCUGCCUUUACACGACACCGACAGAGAAUGGGCAGGACAGCAUUCCUCACUGUGGUGAAGAAGAAGGAGGACGGUACCUCACCACUCAAAGAGGAAGCUGCAGAAUUAGAGGAGAGACAGCCCAGCAAAGCAGCUGAUGACAGCAACUUACGGCCUGGGAAGUACAGAACGGACACACCCGACGGAGCAGAGCAAGGCCAGGCAAGAUGGCAGAAAUCUCCCAAUGAGGAGAGCAUUGGAGAGGCAGAUCUCCUCGAGUACACCAGGUCCAUUGAGAAACUCAACGCUUCACUCAGCCUUCUGCAGGCAGAAAUGCAACGGCUAGCGCAGCAGCAGGAGCUCAUCAUGCAGAUGAGGGAGCAGCAGUCAUGGGUUGUCUCCCCACCUCAGCCGUCACCACAGAAGCAGGUGCGAGAGCUUCGCAAUGCUGCACGUUCCUCUGGGUCUUUGUCUCCAGCAGACUCUCCUCGCAGCACCCACCGAUCCCCUACCAGCAUCAAGAAAAAGUCGGCCUCCUUCCACUCAAAGACUCCAAGGACGCAAAGGCCCAGUGAACUGAAGAUCACCCCCUUCAACCGGGUCCUCACUGUGCCGCAGUCGGUGGACAGCCUCCCACGUCUGAGGAGGUUCUCCCCAAGCCAGUCUCAGGUCAGCUCCUUCUCCUGCCUAGGAGAUGACACCAAGCCCCCUCCCGAGGCUGAGGCCACAGAGAAAGAUACAGCACCAGAAAUCAAACUCCCACCAUCAACGUCCAAUUCCCCUACAAAGAGUGUGAGCUCAGAGCCUCUGACCUCUCCUGUAAAACAGCCUCAACCCAAGGAAGUAGAAGAAAGUGCCAAGGAAGUAAGUGCAAAGGAGGUGGUGAUGAAGGAGCAGGAGGAAAUCAAGCCCAUAGAAUCCAUGGUGUCAGAGGUUUUGUCACAGCCCAUCAAAGAGACCUUUACAGUCACCUCCUCUGCAAGUCCUGCUGAUGUCCCUGGCCAAAGUACCAGGAACUUAAUAGAGGUGCCAUUGUCUGUGCUUAAGCCUCUGGAAGGACAGAUGCUGGAGGAGGCUAGAGGAGAAGGAAGUGGUGAUUUCUAUGAUGAUGACCAGAAGAUGUGCUGUGGGUUCUUCUUUAAGGAUGACAUGAAGGGUGAGGAUGACAUGGCAAUGAAGCGGGCGAUGCUGUUGGAAAAGAGGAUGAGGAGGGAGAAGGAGUUACAGCAGAGGAAGCAGCAGCUGGAGGCGGAGAUGGAACAGAAGAAGGAGGAGGCACGGAUGAAAGCAGAGGAGGAGCGGCAGAAGAAAGAGGAGGAAAAGGCACGCAGGGAGUUUAUCAAACAGGAGUAUCUCAGGAGGAAGCAGCUCAAGCUGAUGGAGGACAUGGACACGGUCAUUAAGCCCCGUCCCCUGGGUGCUAAGCAGAAGAAGCCCCGCCCCAAGUCUAUUCACAGAGACAGCAUGGAGUCCCCCAAGACACCAGCCAGGGCGGCGGCAGUCUCCAGCCUCUCUCUGGCGUCACUGAAUCUGGGAGACAAUGACAGCGUUCAGUCCGACAAGCGGACCCCAAGGCCUGACUCCGCUGACGGGUUUUUGUCUCCCUGUCGAUCGGGGAGCCGCAAUGGAGACAAGGACUGGGAAAACGCCUCCACAACCUCAUCAGUGGCUUCUAAUACAGAGUACACAGGCCCCAAGCUGUACAAAGAGCCAAGUGCCAAGUCCAAUAAGUAUAUCAUCCAAAAUGCUCUGACUCAUUGCUGUUUGGCUGGGAAAGUGAAUGAAGGUCAGAAGAACAAGAUAUUAGAGGAAAUGGAAAAAUCAGAGGCCAACAACUUCCUGAUCCUAUUCCGGGAUUCGGGCUGUCAGUUUCGUUCCCUGUACACGUACUGCCCUGAGACAGAGGAGAUCACCAAACUGACCGGCAUUGGGCCCAAAAGCAUCACACACAAGAUGAUCGAGGGGCUGUAUAAGUACAACUCAGACAGGAAGCAGUUCAGCCAAAUCCCAGCCAAAACCAUGUCGGCCAGUGUUGACGCCAUCACUAUCCACAGCCACCUCUGGCAAACCAAGAAGCCAGGAACACCCAAAAAAGUAUUGCCUGCCAAGUCCUAGUACAGCGCACCUUUUCUUCUAAAACCAGAACAAUUACAUUCACUUUACACUCCACUGCAUCUGUGAGGAUUUGGCACCUGUUUAACAACAUUUUUUGUGUUUUCCUCCGUAUCGAUUCCCUUCUUCACUUUAAACUGGACACAGAGAACUGUACUGAACUUAUGCACAACUGGAAUGUAAAACAUUAUUUAAGAACUAUAAAAGGAUGUCUGUUUAGUACAAGGGAUUGCUGACUCUUGGGUUACUGUAUUAUAGUAUAUGUGUGUGUCGGUGGUUUUCUGUGUGCCAAAAGAAUGGAAUGGGUGUCGUGAUGUUUCUAAUUGGUACACCAAGCACUGAAUGGCGUUCAUCUGUAAAGGGUAGAUUUAUAUCUUUGUUAAUGCGUGGCCUUAUGUUUGUUCUUUUUGAAUGUGGCCCUCACAGGCAUUUAACUUAUUCAACAAGAUGAUUUUGUAUACAGUUCAAGCUUCUUUGUAGUUUUUUUCAUGUCAUUUGAACAGUAUCUGCAAGUUUGAACAGCCAAGUUUUGGGAAAUGAUGUUACUGCUCUUACUGAGUUGACCAGAAUUUGGGUAAUCAGGGUACCAAUACUUUGAAUAAGUUUGCAAGGUUUAGUAAUAAAUGUUAGCUUGCAGGGAAGUGUAAGUCUUGUGUUUUGUUUAUCUGCGUUUCUGAAUUACAUUCGGCUGAUUGUGCUUCACUGCAGCUUUCGAGGGUAAAGGCUGGUACAGAAUAGUUUUGCAUUCAAACCGUAAUGACCACAAAGGACAAAAUAUUUCACUAACACCAGAAAAACAAAGUAGUUGCCCCAGCAUUAGAAAAGUACAAAAAUCACGAAUGCAUAGUUUCCAACUAUGGCCAAAGGCUAAAAUCUUUACUAAUAUCGUCAAUAAUCCCAAAGUAAUGUGCAGCCUCUAAUUCAGAUUCCAUUUAGAUAUAUUAUUUAGUACCUUAAUUUAAUUUUGGAAAACCGUGCAACAAUACUUGCAGGUAAAAAUUUUUUUUUUCCCUUUGCUUUUCAUGUCAAGUAGUGUAACUCAGAUUAUAAUAUAUUCUGAUUAUUUUACUUCU